AUGGAGAACAGUCAAGAGGAUCCUUCCCUCCUGUGGCAGGCGUUUGGUAGCGCCACUGGGGUCACCCGCUACUACCCAGGUACAUGAUGUCCUUAUUACAGGAAUACAGGAUGCCCUUAUUACAGUAAUACAGGAUGCCCUUAUUACAGUAAUACAUUAUGCCCUUAUUAUAGGAAUACAGGAUGCCCUUAUUACAGUAAUACAUUAUGUCCUUAUUACAGGAAUACAGGAUGCCCUUAUUACAGGAAUACAGGAUGCCCUUAUUAUAGGAAUAUAGGAUACCCUUAUUACAGGAAUACAUUAUGCUCUUAUUACAGGAAUACAUUAUGUCCUUAUUACAGGAAUACAUUAUGCAUUUAUUACAGGAAUACAUUAUGUACUUUUUACAGGAAUACAGGAUGUCCUUAUUACAGGAAUACAGGAUGCCCUUAUUACAGGAAUACAUGAUGUUCUUAUUACAGGAAUACAUUAUGUCCUUAUUACAGGAAUAUAGGAUACCCUUAUUACAGGAAUAAAUUAUGCUCUUAUUACAGGAAUACAUGAUGCAUUUAUUACAGGAAUACGUUAUGUCCUUUUUACAGGAAUACAGGAUGCCCUCAUUACAGGAAUACAGGAUGCCCUCAUUACAGGAAUACAUGAUGCCCUUAUUACAGGAAUAAAGGAUGUCCUUAUUACAGGAAUAGAGGAUGCCCUUAUUACAGGAAUACAUGACGCUCUUAUUACAGGAAUACAUGAUGCCCUUAUACAUGAUGCCCUUAUUACAGGAAUACAUGAUGUUCUUAUAAAAGGAAUACAGGAUGCCCUUAUUACAGGAAUAUAGGAUGCCGUUAUUACAGGAAUACAGGAUGCCGUUAUUACAGGAAUACAGGAUGCCCUUAUUACAGGAAUACAUGAUGUCCUUAUUACAGGAAUACAGGAUGCCCUUAUUACAGGAAUACAGGAUGCCCUUUUUACAGGAAUACAUGAUGUUGUUAUUACAGGAAUACAGGAUGUCCUUAUUAGAAUUAUAGGAUCUCUUUGGUCUUUUCCUUCACGACAAUGCAAUAUACUGUAAAGCAAUACAAGUUUACUUGAAUAUGAAUGGUUAUAUGGUUAUAUGAAUGGUUGUAAAUAUGCUGGGUUGUGAAACUAAACUGUCUGCAUCCCAAAUGGCACCCUAUUCCCUUGAUAGUGCAACAUUUUUUAUCAGGGCCCCUAGUAGUGCACUACAGUAUAUAGGGAAUAGGGUACCAUUUGGAAUGCACUCACUGAGUCUCUAGCUAUAAACCUGUGAUUUAUCUCAAUAUCCUAUUAUUUCUGGGUAACAAUUAAGUACCUGACUGUGAUUGUUUUCAAUUAAAAUUGUCAAAAAUAAACUAAAAUAGCUUUUUGGGAAAGAGAAAUUUCUCAAGCAAUACUUUUUUUAGGACUGUCUGGUAGUGGAGUCGGGAGGUGAAAACUAGCUGUUAUUGGCAGAGAGGUUUGGAACUCUCAUUCUUAUUGGUCUAUAAACUAUUUUACCGCCUUGAGAUGUCACCAAGCAGGCCAAAACUCCAUCCCACCAAAACAGGCUGAAAUGUAUUUUCAAACAGCUCUUACACUAGAAGGGCAUUCUCAUCAUUUUCACAAUUUCACAGUAUUAUUCCAACCUCAUAGUGUGGAAAUAUAUAUAAAACACAGGAAAGUCAGAUUUUUGACUGCACUGGUCCUUUAAGCAUCUACAUUUACAUUGACAUUUUAGUCAUUUAGCAGGCACUCUUAUCCAGAGCGCUUACUUAAAGGUUACAAUAACUCAAAGGAAGGUAAUACCACAAAACCUAUGAAAUGUAAAUACAAUAUUAGUUCCAUUGUCUUAUAUGUAUCAAAUAUCAUCGUUUGGUGGUAGACUGGUAGGGGCAAAUAAAAACUGAAAGUAAAAAUUCUGUAUGUUUUUAUUACCUUAUCUGUAGCCACACCUUGGAGGGCCCCUGAUAAGAUCGACCUGUAUGAUGUGAGGAGAAGGCCUUGGUAUGUGUUACCUAUUCUGUUCUCUUUUAAUAAUUGAUUUUGAUGAUGGUUGAAGAGUUCAUUUUGAGGAUUCUUAUGAUGAGCAUUUGGGGAUCUUCUCUUUCUUUUUCAUAAGGUACAUCCAAGGGGCCUCAUCUCCCAAAGACAUGAUCAUACUUGUUGAUGUGUGAGUUCUCUAAUUUAAGUUCCAAUAACUUAGUUCCAAAAUGACUGGUUACACUAUAAGAGAGUGCAGUUUGUGUGUGUGUGUGUGUGUGUGUGUGAGAGAUAGAGAGAGCGAGUGCUUGCGGCCAACUGGCCAGCCACAUUAUCACAGGGUCAAGAGCAUGACAGUGACAACCAAUGUCACAUGAUAAGCAUCUACAUGGGGAGUGUAUUGCAUCAUGCAAUUAGUGUGCAUGCGUGCACGAGUGCAUGUGUGUGUUUUUGCGUAUGCGUGUGUGUCAUGAUACCUUUCCCCUGUCCCCCCUCAGGAGUGGCAGUGUGAGCGGCCUCACUUUGAAGCUGAUCAAGGCAUCAGUGAUGGAGAUGCUGGACACUCUGUCUGAUGACGACUAUGUCAACGUGGCCAGGGUGAGUGUGUCUGAUAGUGUGGUAGUUACUGUAGUUACACCUGGGAUUGACAUUUCAUUGGUUAUGCAUUUGUUUUUUUUGUAGAGUUCUAUUUCAUACUAUUUUUCGAUACAUAGACAUCAACAUAAAACAUGUUUCACAACCUUAAACAACACAAUAAUUACUCAUAUGAACGGUUAUACAUUUGUUAAUAACCCAUUUCCUCUUUCACUCACUGUCUUUAUCUCUUGCGGUCUAUCUAGCCUGCUCUCUCAUAGUUGUUCCUCAAUCCCACUUCUGCUCUGUCCUUCUCUCUCCUGUCCUGUUUCAGUUUAAUAAAAGGCAGAGGCAGUGGUCCCUUGCUUCAAACACCUGGUCCAGGCCAACGUUCGCAACAAGAAGAUCUUCAAAGAGGCUGUGCAGAUCAUGCAAGCUAAAGGCACCACAGACUACAAGUCUGGUUUCCACUUUGCCUUCAAUCAGCUACUAAACGUAAAUGACUUAAAGCUCAACACUCUGAACGACCGCAUUCUGUACAAGUGAUGCCCAAUUCUUUAGGGCUCCUACUAUGAACUAGACAAGGACAUUUCCCAAAGAAAAUGUGUGCUUUGAGCAAGCACAUUAAUGACAUUUCAUUAGAGAUAACAGGCCAACCAGCAAAACAUUUAAGAAUGGCUCUCAAGGAGUAGACCAUGUUGGGUAUGGAAUUGGGUGUACUUGUGGUUGUGGCUUGGUGGUAUCAAUGGCUUGGUUGCCAGAUCCACUUCUGCUUUAGCCAUCUCCCUUGUUGUUGUUAUGCCAGACUAAUACAGUAUUAUAAACCGGGUCCUGGAUGCUGAUUGGCUGAAACAGCAUUUCAGCCGUGUGUAUAUCAGACGAUAUACCACGGGUAUGACGCAAAAAUACUUGUUUAAUGUUUUAUUUAUAUUGGUAACCAGUUUAUAAUAGUAAUAAGGCACCUCAGGGGUUUGUGGUAUAUGGCCAAGAUAUCACUUCCACUCGGGCUUUAUUGCUUAAAUAUACUUUACACUUACAGUAUCAACCUUGCCUUCCUCUAAAUCACGUACGCUUGUUAACGCACCUGGAGAUAAGAAAGAUAAGAGAGUAUAAUGCCGUACGAUUGCAAACAGCAGUAACUAUACAUUGGGUCAAAGUUGAGUUAAGACCGAAAUCAGACUUUGUCGUAAUGUUUUGUACACUCUGUGACGAGUACUGGGGAUACGAAGAGGCAGGACGCAGACGCAGGAAUCAACAAUGUAAAGGUUUACUUAACACUGAGCAAGAGAACAACAAAGAGCAAUACUGACAUUAACUAAACAUAAUUCUAGGCAUAUAGAUCCUAAGGGUAACUUAUGAGACAAAGCAUGAACAAAGAGAUGCUUACUAGGCCAGAGGCCUAGAAGCCUAGGAAAUGAGAAUUGACCAUACAACCUUCCUCCAUGGACUGGAAACAGGAUAAGAGAUAACAAAGGCAUUUAAUUCCAUUUAUAACAUCUGCAGGUGUAACUCUUUCAAUCCAAAACCAACCACCAUUGACCAAUCAAACGAUACCAACUUUACCGUAACCUGACCACCAGUCCCAAUCUGCACAGGGUGUGACAGCAUCUAAAGGCUUGUGUGGGGGAUGAGACCAAUGUAAAUAUGACAGAAUUCCAGAGACAACCAUAUAAUUUCCCUUUGCAUAGAAUAAUUUAGAGUUCACCAUGUAUAGAUACAAGUUACUACAGAGACCAUACAUCCAUAUAGAUAGCAUCAGAGUUAUCCUCAGUGAACAAGUUUCAGAUAGAUACCAAACAUGGAUACUAUAGUAUUAUUCUAUCACACAUUCAAUAGUCAGUCCUCUGUAUUCUGUAACAGAGAGUAUAACAUUUUGUCCCCUCAGAGGGGGAAUGUCUGACUAGUCCUUGGGCAUUGUACUUUGUCCUUUCCUUGUGUUUGCCAUGCGGACCCAUAGGUGAUAGAGAGCACAUAAAUUAGGGCCUAGCCUACAAUGGUAAGAGAGAUAGCAAACAAAAUAUGUAAAACCAAGCUAACAUAAAGCAAAUGACAGUGUUCAAAUUAUAGUUAUACAAAGUAAUAUAUUUCUUAAGUAUAAACAUUUCCAUGAUGAAAUAGUUCUUACCUUAUGGCGAAAAAAUGCUUGAAGGUUACUACAAUAAAACAUUCAAAACAUAAAAAAAUAACUACACCACCGUUCAAAAGUUUGGGGUCACUUUUUUUGUCCAUUAAAAUAACAUCAAAUUGAUCAGGAAUACAGUGUAGACAUUGUUAAUGUUGUAAAUGGCUAUUGUAGCUGGAAACGGCUGAUUUUUAAUGGUCCUCUGUAGCUCAGCUGGUAGAACACGGUGCUUGUAACGCCAAGGUAGUGGGUUCGAUCCCCGGGACCACCCAUACACAAAAAUGUAUGCAUUCAUGACUGUAAGUUGCUUUGGAUAAAAGCAUCUGCUAAAUGGCAUAUCUUAUUAUUAUUAUAUUAUAGGCGUACAGAGGCCCAUUAUCAGCAACCAUCAGUCCUGUGUUUGCUAAUCCAAGUUUAUCAUUUUAAAAGGCUAAUUGAACAUUAGAAAACCCUUUUGCAAUUAUGUUAGCACAGCUGAAACUGAAAACUGGCCUUCUUGAGACUAGUUGAGUAUCUGGAGCAUCAGCAAUUGUGGUUCGAUUACAGGCUCAAAAUGGCCAGAAACAAAUAACUAUCUUCUGAAACUCGUCAGUCUAUUCUUGUUCUGAGAAAUGAAGGCUAUUCCAUGCGAGAAAUUGCCAAGAAACUGAAGAUCUCGUACAACGCUGUGUACUACUCCCUUCACAGAACAGCGCAAACUGGCUCUAACCAGAAUAGAAAGAGGAGUGGGAGGCCCCGGUGCACAACUGAGCAAGAGGACAAAUGCAUUAGAGUGUCUAGUUUGAGAAACAGACGCCUCACAGGUCCUCAACUGGCAGCUUCAUUAAAUAGUACCCGCAUAACACCAGUCUCAACGUCAACAGUGAAGAGGCGACUCUGGAAUGUUGACCUUCUAGGCAGAGUUGCAAUGAAAAAGCCAUAUCUCAGACUGGCCAAUAAAAACAAAAGAUUAAGAAGGGCAAAAGAACACAGACACUGGAAAAAGGAAGAUUGGGAACUUGUUGUGGACAGACGAAUCGAAGUUUGAGGUGUUCGGAUCACAAAGAAGAACAUUUGUGAGACUCAGACCAAAUGAAAAGAUGCUGGAGGAGUGCUUGAUGCCAUCUGUCAAGCAUGGUGGAGGCAAUGUGAUGGUCUGGGGGUGCUUUGGUGGUGGUAAAGUGGAAGAUUUGUAUAGGGUAAAAGGGAUCUUGAAGAAGGAAGGCAACACUCCAUUUUGCAACGCCAUGCCAUACCCUGUGGACGGCGCUUGAUUGGAGCCAAUUUCCUCCUACAACAGGACAAUGACCCAAAGCACAGCUCCAAACUAUGCAAUAACUAUUUAGGGAAGAAGCAGUCAGCUGGUAUUCUGUCUAUAAUGGAGUGGCUAGCACAGUCACCGGAUCUCAACCCUAUUGAGCUGUUGUGGGAGCAGCUUGACCAUGUGGUACGUAAGAAGUGCCCAUCAAGCCAAUCCAACUUGUGGGAGGUGCUUCAGGAAGCAUGUGGUGAAAUCUCUUCAGAUUACCUCAACAAAUUGACAACUAGAAUGCCAAAGGUCUGCAAGGCUGUAAUUGCUGCAAAUGGAGGAUUAUUUGACGAAAGCAAAGUUUGAAGGACACAAUUAUUAUUUAUAUUAAAAAUAAUUAUUUCUAACCUCAUCAAUGACUACAUUUCCUAUGCAUUUUGCUAUAUUUCCUAUUCAAACUCAUUUCAUGUAUGUUUUCAUGGAGAACAAGGAAAUGUCUAAGUGACCCCAAACUUUUGAAUGGGAGUGUACAUAACACCAUUAAAUAAAGUUGGAGUGUAGUUAGAACUCUCAAACUGUUUCCAUCAAACAGAAAAACAACAAGUUGGAUAAACGCAUUUAGAUUGUAGAUACUGCGCUUUGCCUUUGCAUUACUCAUAUAUACUGAACAUAAAUAUAACCGCAACAUGUAAAGUGUUGGUCCCAUGUUUCAUGAGCUGAAAUAAAAGAUCCCAUAAAUGUUCCAUAUGAACAAAAAGCUUAUUUCUCCCAAAUUUGUUGCACAAAUUUGUUUACAUCCCUGUUAAUGAGCAUUUCUCCUUUGCCAAAAUAAUCCAUCCACCUGACAGGUGUGGCAUAUCAAGAAGCUGAUUAAACAGCAUGAUCAUUACACAAGUGCACCUUGUUCUGGGGACAAUAAAAGGCCACUCUAAAAUGUGCAGUUUUGUCACAAAACCCAAUGCCACAGACGUCUCAAGUUUUGAGGGAGCAUGCAAUUGGAAUGCUGACUGCAGGAAUGUCCACCAAGGCUGUUGCCAUAGAAUUUAAUGUUAAUUUCUCUACCAUAAGCCGCCUCCAACAUCGUUUUAGAUAAUUUGUCAGUAUGUCCAACCGGCCUCACUACCGCAGACCACGCCAGCCCAGGACUUCCACAUCCGGCUUCUUCACCUGCGGGAUCGUCUGAGACCAGCCACCCAGACAACUGAUGAAACUGUGGAGUAUUUCUGUCUGUAAUAAAGCCCUUUUGUGGGGAAAAACUCAUUAUGAUUGGCUCAGCCUGGCUCCCCGGUGGGUGGGCCUGGCUCCCAAGUGGGUGCCCUCCCAGGCCCACCCAUGGCUGUGCCUCUUCGCAGUCAUGUGAAUUCCAUAGAUUAGGGCCUAAUACAUUUAUUUCAAUUGACUGAUUUCCUUAUAUGAACUGUAACUCGGUAAAAUCGUUGAAAUUGUUGCAUGUUGCGUUCAUAUUUUUGUUCAGUAUAGUUGUUUAAGGUCAUACAAAGGCAGAGUGCAGCAUCUGCAUUUUAGGGGUCAUAAGUCAAAUCAGUGGGCAUGAUUGAUAUGCAUAAAACAUUACUUCAUAAUAAGAUAAUACAUCAGUGCAUUAUCACUUAUCUUCCUACAACAUACUGUAUUUGGCUGGAAAGCAAAAAAACUUGAAAGCAUUUUUCUCAGUUUCACUGUUUGCAUAGUUACUGCCCUUUGCCUUGUAGGGCAGCAUAGUGAAAGCCAUAUCAGGGGAACAGCUCAUCUUAUUCCCUAUACAGUGCACUACUUUUGACCAGAGCCCUAUUGGAAAUAGGGUGCCAUUUGGGACAUAGACAGUGUCCCCUCUUGCCUGCUUUAUUCAUCACAUACUAACUUUCUGUAUUAAUCAUUCACUUGCUGUGUUUUGUAUUAAUGUUAGCACACACUGUCUUUCUGUUUCUCUUUCUCUUUGUGUUUUUAGAAGACGAAUGUCCCGCGAGCUCACUGCAAUAAAAUAAUCAUGCUGUUCACGGAUGGAGGAGAGGAUCGAGCUCAGGACAUCUUUGAGCAGUACAACUGGCCCAACAAGACGGUCCGUUUCUCAGAAACUAAACACACACACAAAACACAUAAGCUGACAUUUCAAUCACUAUUUCAUUGGUAACUUCAUUCUUCCUUAUUCAUUGAUGACUUCAUUCUUGGAAUCCAUAAAUGCGCCACUAGGGUUGAAAAAAUUCCUCCUACUUAUUUCCUCCUGAUUACAGGAAUCUUCCAACUGGAAUUUCUGGUCAAAGGAUACCACAAUGGAUAUCACACUUGGCUGUGUAUCUCCGUGUUAAUGACCCUGAAUAAAGAUGAAUGGGUUAUUUGAAUUCUCUUUCUCCUAAGGUGCGGGUCUUUACAUUCUCUGUGGGGCAGCACAACUAUGAUGUCACACCCUUGCAGUGGAUUGCGUGUGCCAAUAAAGGUGAGUGGGAUCAGUGCAGGGGCUAUUUUGUCUAACACGCAUCAGUGAAGAUCCCUCUUAACUUGUCCAAAAAUAGAUGCAGUAGGGGGUUGUAACAAAAUGGCAGUUUUCAUUUCCUUGUGCCCUAAUAAACAUGACACUUGUCUGCUUAAGAGAAGUUACUGUAGUCUUUCAGUUUAUAACCCCUAGCCUAGGUUAUAAGCGCUUGAUACACAACCUCCAUCUUCACUCUCCCUCAUCUGUGCCAUAAUUGUGAGCUCUGUUUCUCACCUAUCUCUCUUGUUACCCCCCCCCCCCCCCCCUCUCUCUCUCGCGCCGCUCUCUCUCUCUCUCUCUCUCUCGCUCUCUCUCUCUCUCUCUCUCUCUCUCUCUCUCUCUCUCUCUCUCUCUCUCUCUAGGUUUCUAUUUUGAGAUCCGCUCCAUCUGUGCCAUACGGAUUAACACCCAGGUGGGUUUGUCUAGUGCCUCUUACACAGCUGAUCCUGGGUCAGCCAGUUCUCCUCCUGGCACUGCUUCCUACUUCCUAGAAUUGUUGUUGUUUAUUGGAAACUGACUCUAAUGUAGCGUAUAUAUUAUUACCCUGAGGUUAUUACUGUGAAGUGUUUCCACUUACAGCCUGACAGGAAAAUAUAUAAAGUUGGACGAAUUUUACUGAGCAUCUUUCCAUCAGCAAUAGCACGUAGUCAUUUGAAAUACCUUUCCGUUUCCUGUGUAACAUCAGUGAGUGCGUCCCAAAUGGCACCCUAUUCUCUACAUAGUGCACUACUUUUAACCAGAGGCCUAUGUGCCCUGGUCAAAAGUAUUGCACUAUAAAGGGAAUACAGUGCCAUUUGGGACUGUUUGCAAUUCCUGUGUGUUGUUACCAGGAGUACCUGGAUGUGCUGGGCCGCCCCAUGGUCCUGGCAGGCAGCCGUGCCAAGCAGGUUCAGUGGACCAACGUCUAUCAGGAUGCCUUGGUGAGGUCACCUGGCUCAGAACAUUCAGCUACACUACCAGUCAAAAGUUUGGACACACCUACACAUUCAAGGGUUUUUCUUUAUUUGUACUAUUUUUUACAUUGUAGAAUAAUAGUGAAGACAUCAAAACUAUGAAAUAACACAUAUGGAAACAUGUAGUAAACAAAAUAGUGUUAAACAAAACAAAAUAUAUUUUAUAUUUGAGAUUCUUAAAAUAGCCACCCUUUGCCUUUAUGACAGCUUUGCCCACUCUUGGCAUUGUCUCAACCAGCUUCAUCUGGAAUGCUUUUCCAACAGUCUUGAAGGAGUUCCCACAUAUGCUGAGCACUUGUUGGCUACUUUUCCUUCACUCUGCGGUCCGACUCAUCCCAAACUAUCUCAAUUGGGUUGAGGUCAGGGGAUUAUGGAGGCCAGGUCAUCUGAUGCAGCACUCCAUCACUCUCCUUCUUGGUCAAAUAUCCCUUACACAGCCUGGAGGUGUGUUGGGUCAUUGUCCUGUUGAAAAACAAAUGAUAGUCCCACUAAGCCCAAACCAGAUGGGAUGGCGUAUCGCUGUAGAAUGCUGUGGUAGCCAUGCUGGUUAAGUGUGCCUUGAAUUCUAAAUAAAUCACAGACAGUGUCACCAGCAAAGCACCCCCACACCAUAACACCUCCUCCUCCAUGCUUUCCGGUGAGAAAUACACACACGGAAAUCAUCCGUUCACCCACACCGCGUCUAACAAAGACACGGCGGUUGGAACCUAAAAUCUCCAAUUUGGACUCCAGACCAAAGGACAAAUUUCCACCGGUCUAAUGUCCAUUGCUCAUGUUUCUUGGCCCAAGCAGGUCUCUUCUUAUUAUUGGUGUCCUUUAGGAGUGGUUUCUUUGCAGCAAUUCGACUGUGAUGGCCUGAUUCACACAGUCCCCUUUGAAUAGUUGAUGUUAAGAUGUGUCUGUUACUUGAACUCUGUGAAUAAUUUAUUUGGGCUGCAAUUUCUGAGGCUGGUAACUCUAAUGAACUUAUUCUCUGCAGCAGAGGUAACUCUGGGUCUUCCAUUCCUGUGGUGGUCCUCAUUAGAGCCAGUUUCAUCAUAGCGCUUGAUGGUUUUUGCGACUGCGCUUGAAGAAACUUUCAAAGUUCUUCAAAUGUUCCGUAUUGACUGACCUUCAUGUCUUAAAGUAAUGAUGGACUGUUGUUUCUCUUUGCUUAUUUGAGCUGUUCUUGCCAUAAUAUGGACUUGAUCUUUUACCAAAUAGGGCUAUCUUCUGUAUACCCCCCUAACUUGUCACAACACAACUGAUUGGAUCAAAUGCAUUAAGAAGGAAAGAAAUUCCACAAAUUAACUUUUAAGAAGGCACACCUGUUCAUUGAAAUGCAUUCCAGGUGACUACCUCAUGAAGCUGGUUGAAAGAAUGCCAAGAGUGUGCAAAGCUGUCAUCAAGGAAAAGGGUGGCUAUUUGAAGAAUCUCAAAUAUAAAAUAUAUUUUGAUUUGUUUAACACUUGUUUGGUUACUACAUGAUUCCAUAUGUGUUAUUUCAUAGUUGUGAUGUCUUCACUAUUAUUCUACAAUGUCGAAAAUAGUAAAAAAGAAAGAAAGAAAAACCAUUGAAUGAGUAGGUGUGUCCAAACUUUUGACUGGUGCUGUAUAUCUAAUCUAUAGCCUGAAGGCCAGUCUGUUUGUACUGUCAUGCCAACUUCAUUUCAGUCAGUCACUGUUUGGUAUGACAAUGAGUGACAAGGAGUUGGCAUGAUAGCACAAACAGACUGGCACUCAGGCUAAUUCAUCUACAUUGGACUUAAAGGGUGACUGCACUUCAUGCUUUGGCCACAUUUUUCAUCAAUCUCAUUAACAAACGAGAGUUGUCUUGGGGGUGUGGUUUGAGGUGGGUGUUUCAUGGGUUUGUCUUUGCCAGUCAAUCACAACAAACAAGGAAAGUAGCUAGCCAGUUCGAGUUGAAACAUUAUUGAAUGCAAGCUGGCAACAUGCAUCAAACAUGCUGUCAGGUUUGCCUAAUUAUGAGCUAGCUAGCUAAUGUUAGCUGGUAGGGAUAAAACCUUUCUUCAGGUGCAACAUUAGCUAUGCAAAUCUUCCUCUCACAUUACACAUUAGUGAGAGGCUAUGUAUUUAGCUAGUUACAUCACAGUAUCAUAGCCUAGUAUCAUAGUGGCAUAGCCUAUCAAAUAAUGACAUGUAGCUGUUUGACGGUUGACAGCCCAAGUAGAAACUAGUCAGAUGUAAUCCAUAUCCUGGCCAUCUGCCCAAGAUUGUUGAAUAACUUUCUGGAAGCCCAUUUUCUCUAGAGUGGCUAUUUCCCAAGCAAGGGAAAAUACUAACCACACGUCUUGUCUGGGAAAGAGGUUCCAGUUGGCGAGUUCGUUUUGCGCAGUGGUGGAAAAAGUACCCAAUUGUCAUACAUGAGUAAAAGUAAAAAUACCUUGAUAGAAAAUGACUCAAGUAGAAGUGAAUGUCACCCAGCAAAAUACUACUUGAGUAAAAGUAUAAAAGUAAUUGGUUUAAAAUAUACUUAAGUAUCAAAAGUAAAUGUAAUUGCUAAAAUAUACUUAAGUAUCAAAAGUAAAAGUAGAAAUCAUUUCACAUUCUUUAUAUUAAGCAAACCAGACUGCACCAUUUUCUUGUUCUUUUCAUAUAUGGAUAGCCAGGGGCACACUCCAACUCUCAGACAUCAUUUACAAAUGAAGCAUUUUUGUUUAGUGAGUCCGUCAGAUCAGAGGCAGUAGGGAUGACCAGGGAUGUUCUCUUGAUAAGUGCGUGAAUUGGACCAUUUUCCUGUCCUGCUAAGCAUUCGAAAUGUAAUAAGUACUUUUGGGUGUCAGGGAAAAUAUAUGGAGUAAAAAGUACAUUAGUUUAUUUUGGAAUGUAGUGCAGUAAAAGUAAAAGUUGUCAAAAAUAGAAAUAGUAAAGUAAAGUACAAAAACGGCUUAAGUAGUACUUUAAAGUAUUUUUACUUAAAUACUUUACACCACUGGUUUUGAGUGCCCCGGGUGGGCGGGGUUUGCUCAUUUUCGACCAUUCCAUUGGUCCUUCUAAGGAGAGGUCUCCGUCCACCCAGGGCACCGGGCCAUGCAAAGCGAACUCGCCCAGUCUUUACCCCAAAAAUAUGGUUCCACCAUGUGUUAAUAGGCAAAAGGAGGCAUGAAUUGUUGACAUAAUUGUAAUCCAAACCAAACCCUCAAGUCAUGACACAGUCACUUAUCAAACUCCAUUUUGGUCGAGACUGACUUUAUAACCAAAAUUAUCCUAUUUACACUUUGUAGUCAAUUUUGCCACUAUAAUGAAUGUUUCUGACUCAUAUCGAUGCCACAUAGGCCGUUUAAAACCAGAGAAGUUGGUUCUAAGGAGCAGUUGACCUUACAGUAUAGACACACGGUCCACUGACAGAGACAUACCAUUGAGUGCUCUGUAGGUGGAUGAUAAUAAUAUAUCCACAUCUGAUUUCUAAGUUCCAUAAGCAUUACAAUCUCCUGUAAUCAUAUAGUGAGGUGCCAUUGCACAAUGUAGACACAUUGGGGCAGUUUCCCAGACACAAAUUAAGCCUAGGCCUGGAUUAUAUGAUGUGUUCUGUUGGUAGUGUGGGAGAGGACUAUUAGGGAAAACACUUAACGUUUUGUUCUUCUGUUUGUCUUGUUUCUUUAUAGGGUCUGGGACUGGUUUUUACUGGAACCAUGCCUGUUUUUAAUCUCACCGUGGAUGGAAACUCACAGGUGCAGUCAUUUAAAACAGUUCACGUUGACCAAUGGCAAUCUUUCUUUAAUAAAUCACAAUUUCUUGAGGUUUUGUUUACUGGUUGUUUUCUCCACAGAAUCAGCUCAUAUUAGGUGUCAUGGGGGUGGACGUGCAUCUGGACGAAAUCAAAAAGCUGACACCACGAUACAACGUCAGUAUACCGCAUCAUAUCUUACUUCACACACACUUGCAUGCACACAAGUAAUAAUUUAUUCUAUGCUCCGUAACUUUGCAGCUUGGAGCCAAUGGGUACAUAUACGCCAUCGACCCAAAUGGAUACCUUCUCCUGCAUCCAAACCUUCACCCAAAAGUGAUGUAUACCAAAUUCCCCCACUGAAAGAUCACUGUGCAGUUUAUAGGGAGUAUUGUAAAUAGAUUGUAGAUUGUACAUUUUUAUUUGAUACAAAGUGAAUGUUGUUGGAUGUAGGUUAGAUAUAGAACCUAGUGUGUACUGCUUAUUGCAUGUCAUUCCAAUUAGCUAAGAUAAGAUUGUCAGUGCAUGUAUUCAACUGAAAAUAGAAUACAACUGAGAUUUAUUCAACUGAAUGUGUUACUGUAAAACAUGGGGAUGCUGUGAUAUCCCUAAUGUGACUGGUGCUUUUCCGCAACAGCUGCUCGACCUACCAGAGCCUGUAACACUUGACUUCCUGGAUGCUGAGGUGGAGGAUAGCUCCAAACAGGAAGUGAGUAUAAUAGCAUGCACUGAGUAUACUUAAGCAAUAAGGCACGAGGGGGUGUGGUAUAUGGAAAAUAUACCACGGCUAAGGGCUGCUCUUAGGGACGAGGCAAUGCGGUGUGCCUGGAUACAGCCCUUAGCCGUGGUAUAUUGGCCAUAUACCACAAACCCCCGAGGUGCCUUAUUGCUAUUAUAAACUGGUUACCAACGUAAUUAGAGCAGUAAAAAUAAAUGUUUUGUCAUACCCGUGGUAUACCAGAUAUACCAGCCGUGGUAUAUUGGCCAUAAACACAAACCCCUGAGGUGCCUUAUUGCUAUUAUAAACUGGUUACCAACGUAAUUAGAACAGUAAAAAUAAAUGUUUUGUCAUACCCGUGGUAUACUUGAUAUACCACGGCGGUCAGCCAAUCAGCAUUCAGGGCUCGAACCACCCAGUUUAUAAAAAACAUUAAGAACACCUGGGCCCAGAUUCACAAAACACUUCUUAAGCAAAAACAUAAGAAGCUUCUUAAGAAAAAAAAUAAAAAGUUCAUAAGAUAGUUCGUAAGUGCGAUUCCUCAACAAUAUCUUAAGAUUAAAUGAUUUUCUUAAGAACUUCUCAAAUAUCUUCUUACCAAUCUUCUUAAGAUGUUUGUUGCUAGGCAACCGAUUUAGUUAGCUAUCUAGCUAGCAAUGGCAAUCAUGUUAGCAUAUUUCCUACUGAGAUUACUGUUCUAAAAUGUUCUUGGGUUUAAAAGAAUCAAUAAUGAAACUUUCAGAUGAAGUUUGUGAGUGAAUAAACAUGUUCAAUUGCUUUCAUUAGCUUAUUCUCUCACUGCCCUGAGUUUAAGACAAGGGUUCAGCUAUCUUGGAAUUAAGAACAAAUACAAAAAAUGUAUAUUCUAGAAUCAAACUUUUUGCUUAAGGAGAAACAAGAAAUAGUGCAAGAACAUUUCCAAUAACCUUUUUGAGGAAUAGCAACUUUGCUUAACUUUCUUCAUAAGUCUAUAGUUAAGGGAAAAAUGGCAGUUAAGAAGAAAUAUCUUCUUAAGAAGGUUUUGUGAAUCUGGGCCCAGGUGAAUCCAGGUGAAAGCUAUGAUCCCUUAUUGGUGUCACUUGUUAAAUCCACUUCAAUCAGUGUAGAUGAAGGGGAGGAGACAGGUUAAAGAAGGAUUUUUAAGCCUUGAGACGCUGCUGGGUUUUUCACACUCAACAGUUUCCCGUGUGUAUCAAGAAUGGUCCACCACCCAAAGGACAUCCAGCCAACUUGACACAACUGUGGGAGGCAUUGGCGUCAACAUAGACCAGCAUCUCUUUCGAACGCUUUCGACACAUUGUAGAGUCCAUGCCCAACGAAUUGAGGGUGUUCUGAAGGCAAAAGGGUUGGGGGGUUGCAACUCAAUAUUAGGGUGGUGUUCCUAAUGUUUGGUAUACUCAGUGCAUAGCUUUCAUAUAAAUCAUGCAUUCAUGCCAAUGGGAAAUCUGUGUGAGAAUGUGUAAUGCAUAUCUAAGUUAGAAUGUUAGGAUUUAGCUAACCUAUUCUAUAUACAGAAGUAGUAAGAGUUACUCAUCCAGUUACAAUACGUGUACUUAUCCACUCAAUUAUAUGGUGAAAGGGGGGAAUAUUGACAUACUGUGCACUAAAUACACCAAUAAUUCGAUAAGUACAUGAAUGUAGUACAAUCAAAGUGUGUAUCCCAAAUGGCACCCUAUUCCCUAUAUAUUGCACUACUUUUGACCAGAGCCCUAUUGUGUUGCACCAUAUAGGGAAUAGGGUGCCAUUUGGAACAUUACCUAAAAUGUUGUGCUGCUAGACCAUGGAGAUGCAACCGCAUAGGUAACAUACUAUCUCUACAUUCCAGAUCCGCAAACAGAUGAUUGAUGGCAGACCGGGUGAUAUGCAGAUUAAGACGCUUGUUAAAUCAAUUGAUGAGGCAAGUGUGCGUGUGUGUGUGUGUGUAUGUGCGUGUGUAUUGUUCCUUACUUUACACCUAGACACUAUAUCAGGUAUACAGUACCAGUCAAAAGUUUGGACACACCUACUCAUUCAAGGGUUUUUCUUUAUUUUUACUAUUUUCUACAUCGUAGAAUAAUAGUGAAGACAUCAAAACUAUGAAAUAACACAUAUGGAAUCAUGUAGUAAUCAAAAAAGUGUUAAACAAAUCAAAAUAUAUGUUACAUUUUAGAUUCUUCAAAGUAUCCACCCUUUGCCUUGAUGACAGCUUUGCACACUCUCGGCAUUCUCUCAACCAGCUUCACCUGCAAUGCUUUUCCAACAGUCUUGAAGGAGUUCCCACACAUGCUGAGCACUUGUUGGCUGCUUUUCCUUCACUCAGCGGUCCAACUCAUCCCAAACGUCUCAAUUGGGUUGAGGUCGGGUGAUUGUGGAGGCCAGGUCAUCUGAUGCAGCACUCCAUCACUCCUUGGUCAAAUAUCCCUUACACAGCCUGGAGGUGUGUUUUGGGUCAUUGUCCUGUUGAAAAACAAAUGACAGUCCCACUAAGCACAAACCAGAUGGGAUGGCGUAUCGCUGCAGAAUGCUGUGGUAGCCAUGCUGGUUAAGUGUGCCUUGAAUUCUAAAUAAACACUGACAGUGUCACCAGCAAAGCACCCCCACACCUCCACCAUGCUUCACGGUGGGAACCACACAUGCGGAGAUCAUCCGUUCACCUACUCUGCGUCUCACACAGACACGGCGUUUGGAACCAAAGAUCUCAAAUUUGGACUCAUCAGACCAAAGGACAGAUUUCCACCGGUCUAAUGUCCAUUGCUCGUGUUUCUUGGCCCAAGCAAGUCCCUUCUUCUUAUUGGUGUCCUUUAGUAGUGGUUUCUUUACAGCAAUUUGACCAUGAAUUCACUAACUGUAAGUCGCUCUGGAUAAGAGCGUCUGCUAAAUGACUAAAAUGUAAAUGUAAAUGUAAUGAAGGCCUGAUUCACGCAGUCUCCUCUGAACAGUUGAUGUUGAGAUGUGUCUGUGACUUGAACUCUGUGAAGCAUUUAUUUGGGCUGCAAUGAGGUGCAGUUAAUUGUCGAUUUCUGAGGCUGGUAACUCUAAUGAACUUAUCCUCUGCAGCAGAGGUAACUCUGGAUCUUCCUUUCCUGUGGUGGUCCUCAUGAGAGCCAGUUUCAUCAUAGCGCUUGAUGGUUUUUGCGACUGCACUUGAAGAAACUUUCAAAGUUCUUGAAAUGUUCCGGAUUGACUGACCUUCAUGUCUUAAAGUAAUGAUGGACUGUCGUUUCUCUUUACUUGUUUGAGCUGUUCUUGCCAUAAUAUGGACUUGGCCUUUUACCAAAUAGGGCUAUCCUCUGUAUACCACUCCUACCUUGUCACAACACAACUGAUUGGCUCAAACGCGUUAAGAAGGAAAGAAAUUCCACAAAUUAACUUUUAACAAGGCACACCUCUUAAUUGAAAUGCAUUCCAAGUGACUACCUCAUGAAGCUGGUUGAGAGAAUGCCAAGAGUGUGCAAAGCUGUCAUCAAGGCAAAGGGUGGAUACUUAGAAGAAUCUCAAAUAUAACAUAUAUUUUGAUUUGUUUAACACUUUUCUGGUUACUACAUGAUUCCAUAUGUGUUAUUUCAUAGUUUUGAUGUCUUCACUAUUAUUCUACAAUGUAUAAAAUAGUAAAAAUAAUGAAAAACCCUGGAAUGAGUAGGUGUUCUAAACUUUUGACUGGUACUGUACUUUACUUCACAUACUUAAUUCACAGUAAUGACUGUAAACCCUAGGAACCCAACAGCCAUGGUCAUGGACUGAGAGCAAACCUAUUUUAAUAUGUAACUUUUCCCCCUUCAUUGCAGCGAUACAUAGAUGAGGGAGUUCGGAGUUACACCUGGACACCCAUCAAUGGUACAGACUACAGGUGAGGAGGCAGGAGAUAGAGGUGUGGGUUGAAGGGUAGAGGAUUAGUAAUGGUAACCAUUGUAAUAGGAUAUGAACUGCUGAAGAUGACAGGUUUGAGUGUGUGGGUGGACGGACUCUAUACCUAGUAGGUUAAUGGUAGUAGUGUCUUCUCUUGUGCCUCAGACUUUGAUUCAUUUCCUCUGUUUUCUUUUGGGGAUGCUGCCACUUGUAGUCUGGGCCUGGUACUGCCACCCUACAGUGAAUACUACAUCCAGGCAGACCUGAGUGAUGUGAUGCUGCAGCUCCAGUGUGAGUACUACUGCCCACCCAGAGAGCCGCUGUCUCCCUUUAGCUCUGGUCCAGGGCGUUAUGAGCGGCUUGCUGACGCUGAGCCCGAUGACAUGGGCGGUUGAUGACAGUCUCUCUCUCUCCGUUGCAGAUCUGCAAUCUUUGCUGCCCAGCUCCUUUGAAGCAGGGGGACACGUGUUCCUGGCUCCCAGGUACAGAGAUGUGUGUGUGUGUGUGUGUGUGUGUGUGUGUGUGUGUGUGUGUGUGUGUGCAAGAGUUUUGUGCAAGAGUUUUGUGCGUGUGUGUAAUCUCAUCUCUGUCUAACCGUUCUUCUUUUAGGGAAUACUGCAAGCGUCUGCACAUCUCUGACAACAACACACAGUUCCUGGAGAACUUCCUGUCUCUCAUGGUGGAGAUCACACCAGAAUCUGAAGACUGUGAGUUUCUCUUCUUUAUGUCAAUGAGUUUGUAGGGUGGUUAGGGUCAUGCCCUUCACCAUACUACACAAGCUUUGAACUGCUGUAGAUGACAUGGAAGGACACUUGAGGCCAACAAAACAUUAUAUUUGGGAAGUGUGCAAUGCACAUUUUUCACCUACAAUAUUUUAUAAAGACUGACGGGUUACAUUAACUGUGUGUGUGUGUGUGUUCACAGGUGAUCAAAGCCUCAUUCACAACCUGAUCUUGGAUUCUGGAAUCAUCUGGCAGCUAGCAUCUAGAGUGUGGAAGAACAAGGAUAUCCAAACGUGAGUGAACUCAACAAAUAAUUGCCCUAUAACAUUGAUAUUAAAAACAAUUAAUGUGAAUAAUAACAAUAUGUGUAACGUCUGAGUGAAUUAAAUUACUUUUUGCUUUAGGUAUGGUUUCCUGGCAUUAUUUGCAGCCACAGACGGAGGUGUCACCCGGGUCUUCCCCAACUCGUGAGUGUGUGUUUGAGGAGUUACAGAUAUCACUCUGGCUAAUAAAAUAUACUUUGUUUGUUAAUAAUUGCAUGCCUUUCCUGUCUGUGAGCAUUAUGGUAGUUGAAUGUGAGUAUGCUUGAAUACUUACACAUUACUCAAGCAAUACUGCUUGAAUGUGAGUUGUCCUGGGCUUCCCAGGGCUGCUGAGUCGUGGGAUGAGGACCCUGAGCCCUUCAACUCUAACUACUACCGGCGCAGCCUGGACAACAAGGGCUAUAUGUUCAGAGCUCCACCCAGAGCCUGUGAGUAACACACACUGAUAUACGCUACAUGGUCAAACGUAUGUGGACACCCCUUCAAAUUAGUGAAUUUGGCUAUUUCAGCCACACCCGUUGCUGACAGGUUUAUACAUUCGAGCACACACCCAUGCAAUCUCCAUAGACAAACAAUGGCAGUAGAAUGGCCCGUACUGAAGAGCUCAGUGACUUUCAACGUGGCACCCGUCAUAGGAUGCCACCUUUCCAACAAGUGAGUUCGUGAAAUUUCUGCCCUGCUAGAGCUGCCCCGGUCAACUGUAAGUGCUGUUAUUGUGGAGUGGAAACGUCUAGGAGCAACAACGGCUCAGCCGCGAAGUGGUAGGCCAACACAAGCUCACAAAACGGUACUCUGGAGCAGUGGAAAUGCGUUCUCUGGAGUGAUGAAUCACGCUUCACCAUCUGGCAGUCCGACGGACAAAUCUGGGUUUGGCAGAUGCUAGGAGAAUGCUAUCUGCCCCAAUGCAUAGUGCCAAUUGGAAAGUUUGGUGGAGGAGGAAUAAUGGUCUGGGACUGUUUUUCAUGGUUUGGCCCCUUAGUUCCAUUGAAGGGAAAUAUUAACGCUACAGCAUACAAUGGCAUUCUAGAUGAUUCUGUGCUUUCAACUUUGUGCCAACAGUUUGGGGGAAGGCCCUUUCCUAUUUCAGCAUGACAAUGCCCCCGUGCACAAACUGAGGUCCAUACAGAAAUGGUUUGUCGAGAUCAGUAUGGAAGAACUUGACUGGACAGCACAGAGCCCUGACCUCAACCCCAUCGAACACCUUUGGAACGCCGACUGCGAGCCAGGCCUAAUCAGCCAACAUCAGUUUCCGACCUCACUAAUGCUUUUGUGGCUGAAUGGAAGCAAGUCCCUGCAGCAAUGUUCCAACAUUACAUUUUACAUUUUAGUCAUUUAGCAGACGCUCUUAUCCAGAGCGACUUACAGUUAGUGAGUGCAUACAUUUUCAUACUGAAUGGAAAGCCUUCCCAGGAAGGUGGAGGCUGUUAUAGCAGUAAAGGGGGGACCAACUCCAUAUUAAUGCAUCAAAGGGGGGACCAACUCCAUAUUAAUGCCCAUGAUUUUGGAAUGAGAUGUUUGACGAGCAGGUGUCCACAUACUUUUGGCAAUGUAGUGUAUAUGACCUUGGAGAUAAAAGUCAGGUUUUUAGAUAGCAAGCAGGUUGUAGGCAUUUAAAGACAUUUCACUCAUAUAACGUGAAAAUAAGUGAUUCAUUCAUCUUGUUUAUAACCUAUCACGAUAACACAGAUCAAUCACUGCUUUCUGUUUGCAUGAACUUUGACCCUGUUAACCUUUGUCAUAGCCAUGGAUGAUCCGGUGACCUCGGAGAACGGCACCAUCGGAAUCCUGGUCAGCACUGCCGUGGAAGUCAACCUGGGAGGCAAGAACCUGAAACCGGCAGGUAAAGCUGUUUUGGUUGUGAAUACAGUAAUUGGAGGAGGUGUUAUCUUUUAAUGUCAAUGGCCCCGUAUCGUUGCAAAAUUCCGGUAAUUUUCCCAAAAUUCCCAGGAUAUCUGGACUCCUCCAACCAGGAUUUCUGGAAAACCUGGGAAUUUAUGGAAGUUACUGCAAUAUUGCAAUUCUAAUGGCCUCAGAUCCUGGUUGCUUUGUCCUUCUCCCUCUUCUUAAAGGAGAAGUUUACCCAAAAUCCAGAAACUCCCAAGUGAUUCCAUAAAUUGAAACUAGUUCAGUGGAUGUUGCCCUCUCCACCUCUCUCUCCCUGUAGUGCUGUACUGAAACUGCUGAAAAAAUGGGUCAUGUUACUCGUGACGUUGCUGGAUGCAGGCCACGCUCUGCUCCGUUGCCAGUGUGGACAAAUUCUUUGUUUUAUUGAGCGUACGGCCGAAUGAGCUAUUUUUGGCAUAAGUACUAUCGGUUAUAAGUCAGGAGAUGUGUACUUUUCCACCUAAAACAUUUGCCAUUAUUGUAUUAAGCCGACUGCCACAGCAGCGGAGAUUAGUAACAACUGCGCAUGUGUGCCCUCGUGGGAAGACCCUGCUACGAAGGAACGUCACGAUAUGCCCUUAUAUGGAGGUUGAUGUCACAGAUUAAAUUUUUUGGGGUGGGAGAAGGAGCUAGUGCGAAAAUUGAUAAAGUUAGGCAUAUCGCAGGUAAAGUUAGUUACCAAAAUGGAAAAGAGAUGGCAGUUAGAGCAAGCUGGUGUUCGGUCCCUGGUUGCACUUUAGACAGGAAAUCAAGGGAAGAAGACACCAAAUGUCACUGACACCAAAUGUCACUGUUUUCCGGUAGAAGAUACGGAGAGAUGCUGAAGAUGUUUAGUUGCAAUUCCAAAUAGUAAAUGUGACUCACCGCCUCGAUUCGGUCUUAUGUAGCAAAAUUUGAAAUUGUGUUUUUUACAUUUAAUAUGAUGUAAAUACUCCUGCAGCCAACCUUGCAUCGCUGCAUGUGUGUAGCAAGCACUUCAGCGACGAUGCAUAUGAACGAGAUGUGCAGUCUGAAAUGAUGGGGACAGAAACCUGAAGGAAACUAAAAGAUGCAGCUGUUGCUACUGUAUUUCCAUGGACUGGAUCUGGCGCAGUGCCAGAAUACAAAGGCAUGUUUAAGAUGAGAAAGCGACAAAGCAAGCCUGAUUCUUGACGUUCAAUGUGUUUUUAUUGUGUUAUUACCAUGGCACCAUAUCAUGUAGACAUAAAAGUGCCCUACAGGUUAGCAUAUGUGCUCCAUGUAUUUAUGACAGUUGAGACAAUAGACAUUGUGUCACUUUACAUUGCAGAAUAGGAUUGUGAUAAAUAAACAUAGGCCAUAUAGUGUUUUGGGCUAAUGUGAAAACAUAAACCCACUAACGGUCCCGCUCAUAGAGGUUUCAAUAAAGUAAAGUAGCUACUUACUCGUUAGAUAACUGUCCAUUUGGCCCAGCUGGAACAGCGGUGCGUCUCCAAUUCGUAUUUGGAAUACGGAAGAAAUCAUCCAGGACACCAGAGUUUAUGUGGGCAGUCAAAUAUUAUUUUUUUCUCGCAAACAUCCUUUCUGAAUUUCUAAGUAAUCCUCGAAGUAAUCAUCUAGUUUUUCAAAAGUAUCUGUAAUCGGAUUACAAUAUUUUUGCUGGUAAUGUAACGGAUUACAGUUAGCGUUUUUUUUGUAAUCCAUUACAUGUAACAGAUUACUUGUAAUCCCCAACCCUGUGUGUAACGCUGUCUUCACUUCACAGACAUGUUUUUUUUUCAUCUGUGAAUUAGGGCAUAUCAGGACGUUUCUACAUAGCAUGGAUUCCCCCAAGAGCGCACAUGCACAGUUGUUACCCAUCUCUGCUGCUGUGGCAGUUGGCUACAUAAAAUAAUGAUAUUAACCUCUACGGGAUCGGUGUUCUGUAUAUGGGACGGUUGAGCUAACGUGCGCUAAUGUGAUUAGCAUGACUGUUGUAAGUAACAGCAAACUUUCCAGGACAUAGACAAUUUGAGAAAAUACCAUGCUAUUGUUUGAGGAGAGUGCACAACAACAAAAAAUGUAUCACGGCAACUGGUUUUGAUACAUUCACCUCUGAAGGUAAAUAAUGUACUUACAUUCAGUAAUCUUGCUCUGAUUUCUCAUCCUAACGGUCCCAGAGAUAAAAUGUAGCAUAGUUUUUGUUUGAUCAAAUCCAUUUUCAUAUUCAAAUGUAGGAACUGGGUUCUACAGUUUGAACCCCUGCUGUCUCUGGCUCCACACCCACCCCGCCCGGCCAUCUAGAUGUAUGAAAGUUAGUGUAUAAGCUAAUGAUCCAUCAUGUAUGACAUUCCUGGGAGUGUGUAAACGUACAUUUUGUAUUACCAUAUCAUUUUUGUAUGUUCUCGAUAGUUAUGUACUUGAAAAUGUAUCAAUUGACCAAUUCGGCACAUUUGGGCAUACUAAAUUGUGCCUAAACUGCAAUAUUAUAUUGUGGCCUUUCUCUUGCAUUUCAAAGAUGAUGGAACAAAACCAAAAAAUAGAAAACACAUGUUUUUUUGUUUGUAUUAUCUUUUACCAGAUCUAAUGUGUUAUAUUCUCCUACAUUAAUUUCACAUUUCCCCAAACUUCAAAGUUUUUCCUUUCAAAUAGUAUCAAGAAUAUGCAAAUCCUUGCUUCAGGUCCUGAUCUACAGGCAGUUAGAUUUGGGUAUGUCAUUUUAGGCGAAAAUUGAAAAAAAGGGUCCGAUCCUUAAGAGGUUAAAUCAUCACACAUGUUUUAGGUGGAAAAGUACACAUUUCCUGACUCAAAACCAAUAGUACUUUUGACAAAAUAACUAAUUUGGCUGUGCGCUUUCAAUAAAACAAUGAAUUUGUCCACACUUUGCGGAUUUCUAAAUCAUGAAUUCACUGGCAACGGAGCAGAGCGAGGCCUGCAUCCAGCAACGUCACGAGUCACGUGACCCGUUUUUGCAGCUGUUUCAGUACAAUACUACAAUGUUUCUGGAUUUUGGGUAAACUUCUCCUUUAAUGGGCUAUCUCUCAGUCUUCUGUUAAACUGUACCUCUAUCUUUCAUGGUCUGGUCUCAUGGUCUUGUUUUAACUCUCCUGCUGACCAGUGGUGGGGGUGAAGCUGGACCUGGAAGCCUGGGUAGACAAGUUCAAGAUCUUGGCCAGCAACGUGUCUGACAGUCGUCAGGGCUCGCAAAAGGUACUGUAUGAAAGGCUGGGUAAAAAUGAUCAGUCCUCUGUGUGACUGCUGUGAAGUGACUUGAACAGAUCCAGUCUAACGUUAUUAUGUUAUGAUGACUCUCUGACUUCCUUUGUACAGUGUGGGCCAUCCAGAAGUUGUGAGAUGGACUGCGAAGUCAACACUGACGUAAGAAUUCCUCUCCUUUCACAUAGCCCUACAUUGUACAAACUGCUGUCACAAUACCCAACCAGACACAACCCACGCACACAUACACACACACAACAGGCUGGGAGCAGCACAGGGUCAGCCUCAGAGCAGACCCCCUGGAGCAGUUUGACUAGUUCAUGUCAACCAAGUGUCUGGGGAGUAAUGGCGUGAUUUGUUUGUGUGUGUGUCCAGUGCUGGUCUGUGUGACAGAAAGAAUAGGAGAGAAAGAGAGUGUGAGAGUCUGUAUGUGCCUAUCAGUAGUGAUAUAAUAAUACAAUACAAUUCCCUGUCUCUAGGACUUACUCUGCUAUCUGAUUGACGAUGGUGGCUUCCUGGUGAUGUCCAACCAGAGGGAUCACUGGAAAAAGGUAUGGAAGGCCAACGUCAGUAGGUACCAACCAGGUCAUCUUACACAAUCUCUAAAUGGUAAAAUAGCAUAAUAAAGUUGAUUAUCGAAGAUAUUGAUUGAUUCUUUGGUACCUGUAUGUUAAAAUUAUAACAUUCAGUCUGUAUUAUUUGACUCCAUUAGUUUUAAUAGGUGCAGACCAGUCACAAAGCCUUACCCUUGUUUUUUUGCUAUAGCCCAGUGUGCAAAUAAUACAGACUGAUUGUUCUCAAAUAUAUUGUAUGAUAGAUCUGUGUAUUAAAGAUAUGGAGAUGUAGGUCUGACAAAGAUCUUGUCUACGUGCCUGUCAGUUAUUCCAGUAUCUUGCUGUUCCAGGUGGGCCUUUUCUUUGGUGAUGUGGACCCCUAUCUGAUGCACGCGCUGUAUAACAACUCCAUCUACGCCCGCCGACAGUCCUUCCAGUACCAGUCAGCAUGUGAGCCAGUCAGCAGCAGUCACACAGGAGCAGCACCCAGGGGCAUCUUUGUGGUGAGAGUUCCAGGACCAGGGCAGCCUUACCUUACCUACCCUAUUUCAUCUCCAGGGCCCGUAUUCAUGAAGUGUUUCAGAAUAGGGGUGCUGAUCUAGCAUCAGUUUUGCAUUUUACAGGGGGUUCUGAUCCUAGAUCGGCACUCCUACUCUGAGAAGCUUUACGGAUGGAUACAGGCCCUGAAAAAACUACUAACUAUUCCACCUAGCCUAUCAAAGGUGCAGCUACCACAACAUUGUUUAUACCCUCAGAUCUACACAAGUCCCUUAGUGGUACACUCUUAGAAAAAAGGGUUCCAAAAGGGUUCUUCGGCUGUCCCCAUAGAAUAACUAUUUUUGGUUCCAGGUAAAACUACUUUUUGGUUCCAGGUAGAACCGUUUUGGGUUCCAUUUAGAUACCUCUAUGGAAAGGGUUCUACAUGGAACCCAAAACGUUUCUACUUGGAACCAAAAGGGUUCUACCUGGAACCAACAAGGGUUCUUCAAAGGGUUAUCCUAUGGGGACAGCCGAAGAACCCUUUAAGGUUCUAGAUAGCACCUUUUUUUCUAAGAGUGUAGGGGUGCUAAAGGUUGUUUCUGGAAGGGGCUAUCAACUUCAACUUCAUAAGGCUCUGGUCAAAAGUAGUGCACUAUAGGGAAUGGCAUUUGGGACUUAUUCUAUAUCUUUCAAUGAGUAAUGGCUUCUCCUUGUGUUCUCUCUUCUUCUCCUCCCCUUGGUCCCAAUGUGUUGUGUCUAGCCCUCCAUCGCAGACAUGCUCAGUCUGGCCUGGUGGACCUCAGCGGCAGCAUGGUGAGGCCAUCUCUAUUUUAGCACAGAUCACAUGACCUAAAGAACAAGAUGUAUGAAACUUAACCAUUUAAAGAGGUGAUCUGGGAUUAGUACAUACAUUUACAUCAUUUAGCAGACGCUCUUAUCCAGAGCAUACAUUUUAGGACUUAAUGAUACAGCCAUAGAUUCUUGGAGAAUAUAACUAGUUAAACUGUCUUACUCCAUCACAACCCAAAAUAUAAUCUUGUUUUACAAUAUAAUUAAUAAACAAAUACUGUAUAACUUCAAAAUAUGAAUAUAAUUUUGAUCUCAUGGAUGGUCAGUCCUUGCAUCCAUAGCUCCGUCUAUGAAUUUGAGAGUAGUUACAUUUCUCCAACUCCAUCCCUCAGCUGUUUACCAAAACAUUGUUGUUGUUUGAACUGCAGAUUGCCCCUUUAAGCAUGUCUAGUCUCUGCUGUUAACCCCCUAAGGUCGAUGUCCGCGCCCCUGCGGAAAUCUAAUUUGUAUAAUGAAAAAAUCUCCAUAAAAAUCUGUCAGUUUAAGCUAGAGAUAUGUUGUUGUUUUCUUUGCAUUGGAUGCGUCUCAAUCCAUCACAUCCGCCUAUGUCGCACUUCCGCAUCUGCGGUGAAAGGUGACAGAGCUAGAGCUGUGUUUUUCAGACCAUGAGACAUCCUGAAAAUCGGUCUUCUCACAAAAUCAUCCGUAGUCUACAAACUAUUAAGACCCCUCUAUGGAAAGACUCUCAUGAUGGUGUUCUUUGUUUUGCUCACCUACUCCCACAAGUGUCUUGGGACUCGUCUAAAGUCAGUACAGCCGAUCUGCCAACUUCUGUCUGUAGCGUCCGAACAGUUUGGGCUACACACUAAUAUGACCCCUCUGUAGAAAGGUGAGACUCGCAAACGCGUACAUGUCGGUUGUUUUGCUCUAGGAUGCCCAUAGACCUCACAAGACUUGUCUAAAGGUCCCCCGGUACCAGUUGAAAAAAUGAAUGGAAGUAUACAGUGCCUUCGGAAAGUAUUCAGACUUUUUCCACAUUCUGUCUUAUUCUAAAAUUGAUUAAAUAUAGACACCUGUCUAUAUGAGGUCCCACAGUUGACAGUGCAUGUCAGAGCAAAAACCAAUCCAUGAGGUCGAAGGAAUUGUCCUUAGAGCUCCGAGAAAGGAUUGUGUCGAUGGCACAGAUCUGAGGAAGGGUACCAAAACAUUUCUGCAGCAUUGAAGGUCCCCAAGAACACAGUGGCCUCCAUAAUUCUUGUAUACAGUGCCUUCGGAAAGUAUUCAGACCCCUUGACUUUUUCCACUUUUCUAAACGUUUUUAACGUUGAUUAAAUUGUUUUUUUCCCUCAUCAAUCUACACACAAUACCCCAUAAUGACAAAGCAAAAACUGAAAUUAUACAGUUACAUAAGUAUUCAGACCCUUUACUCAGUACUUUGUUGAAGCACCGUUGGCAGCGAUUACAGCCUUGAGUCUUCUUGGGUAUGACGCUACAAGCUCGCACACCUGUAUUUGGGGAGUUUCUCCCAUUCUUCUCUGCAGAUCCUCUCAAGCGCUGUCAGGUUGGAUGGGGAGCGUUGCUGCACAGCUAUUUUCAGGUCUCUCCAGAGAUGUUCAUUCGUGUUCAAGUCCGAGCUCUGGCUGUGCCACUCAAGGACAUUCAGAGACUUGUCCCGAAGCCACAAGCUGUGUGCCAAAAACGAGUCACAUGCAGUCUGUUUAGUUCCAAAAAUAAAGGUUACAGUGCCUUGCAAAAGUAUUCAUCCCCCUUGGCAUUUUUCCUAUUUUGUUGCAUUACAACCUGUAACUUAAAUUGAUUUUUAUUUGGAUUUCAUGUAAUGGAUAUACACAAAAUAGUCCAAAUUGGUGAAGUGAAAUGAAUAAAAUAACUUAUUCUACAAAAUAAAUAACGGAAAAGUGGUGCAUGCAUAUGUAUUCACCCCCUUUGCUAUAAAGCCCCUAAAUAAGAUCUGGUGUAACCAAUUACCUCCAGAAGUCACAUAAUUAGUUAAAUAAAGUCCACCUGUGUGCACUCUAAGUGUCACAUGAUCUGUCACAUGAUCUCAGUAUAUAUACACCUGUUCUGAAAGGCCCCAGAGUCUGCAACACCACUAGCAAGGGGCACCACCAAGCAAGCGGCACCAUGAAGACCAAGGAGCUCUCCAAACAGGUCAGGGACAAAGUUGUGGAGAAGUACAGAUCAGGGUUGGGUUAUAAAAAAAUAUCAGAAACUUUGAACAUCCCACGGAGCACCAUUAAAUCCAUUGUUAAAAAUGGAAAGAAUAUGGCACCACAACAAACCUGCCAAAAGAGGGCCGCCCACCAAAACUCACGGACCAGGCAAGGAGGGCAUUAAUCAGAGAGGCAACAAAGAGACCAAAGAUAACCCUGAAGGAGCUGCAAAGCUUCACAGCGGAGAUUGGAGUAUCUGUCUAUAGGACCACUUUAAUCCGUACACUCCACAGAGCUGGGCUUUACGGAAGAGUGGCCAGAUUAAAAAAGCCAUUGCUUAAAGAAAAAAAUAAGCAAACACGUUUGGUGUUCGCCAAAAGGCAUGUGGGAGACUCCCCAAACAUAUGGAAGAAGGUACUCUGGUCAGAUGAGACUAAAAUUGAGCUUUUUGGCCAUCAAGGAAAAUGCUAUGUCUGGCGCAAACCGAACACCUCUCAUCACCCCGAGAACACCAUCCCCACAAAUAAGCAUGGUGGUGGCAGCAUCAUGCUAUGGGGAUGUUUUUCAUCGGCAGGGACUGGGAAACUGGUCAGAAUUGAAGGAAUGAUGGAUGGUGCUAAAUACAGGGAAAUUCUUGAGGUAAACCUGUUUCAGUCUUCCAGAGAUUUGAGACUGGGACAGAGGUUCACCUUCCAGCAGGACAAUGACCCUAAGCAUACUGCUAAAGCAACACUCGAGUGGUUUAAGGGGAAACAUUUAAAUGUCUUGGAAUGGCCUAGUCAAAGCCCAGAACUCAAUCAAAUUGAGAAUCUGUGGUAUGACUUAAAGAUUGCUGUACACCAGCUUGACCCAUCCAACUUGAAGGAGCUGGAGCAGUUUUGCCUUGAAGAAUGGGCAAAAAUCCCAGUGGCUAGAUGUGCCAAGCUUAUAGAGACAUACCCCAAGAGACUUGCAGCUGUAAUUGCUGCAAAAGGUGGCUCUACAAAGUAUUGACUCUGGGGGGGGUGAAUAGUUAUGCAUGCUCAAGUUCAGUUUUUUUGUCUUAUUUCUUGUUUGUUUCACAAAUGGUAGGCAUGUUGUGUAAAUGAAAUGAUACAAACCCCCCAAAAAUCAAUUUUAAUUCCAGGUUGUAAGGCAAGAAAAUAGGAAAAAUGCCAAGGGGGGUGAAUACUUUCGCAAGCCACUGUACAUACAUGUAAACAUUUUCAAAAAAGUUCCUGAUCUUUCUUAUAUCUCUCAGAUAUAGGACAGACACUUCAGAACAAACUUCCUUUAGAUUCCUUUGGGGGGGAUCUGUUAUUCAAUGUGUGUGUAUGGGCUAAUAGUAGUAAGGCCCCCCAGAAAAACUCAUCAAAUACUUUAUUUAUAUAUUUUUGGGAUACUUCAAGGGGUCUUAAAAUUCUAAAUUAAAUAGCAAAAUGAUCCUUGGUAGUAGAACCCCCCCUCCCCGGUUUAGACAGGGUUUAGACUCUUAUGGGUUAAUGAGGUAUGACGUCAGGUUUAGGUCAGAGAGAUGUCCUGUCUAUUACUGUGAUAUUACUCUAUGACUCAGCAUCCCUCUCACUGUUUGUUUCAUCUAUAUCAGGUCUGUAGUCCAGCAGCUGCUCUAUGGACUGGCCUACAACAGUUGGCUCUAUACAGGUUGGUGCACAUUUCUUAUUCUUGUGCUGCAUGUGUGCCUUUCUCCAAGCUGAUAUGUUAGGGGAAUAUGUUUCCAUAGGCAAUGGGAAAGUAGUUGGUGUACACGGGACAGCCCAUUGCCAGGGCUGUCUUGCUGGAAAUGUUUUUACAUAAAACAUGAACACUCUCAGUACAUGUCACAUGUAUGAAGCUGAAUCCCCACUGUAGACUUGAGGUUCAAUCCCCGCGUCCACCUUUCCCUCUGUUUCUCCCACGUGCCUGUAUCGCCCUCUUAUUUCAUAACUGUCAAAUAAAGUGUCAAGAUACCCUAACAAAAAACAUUUCUGGGUGUUUCAUUCCUCCUUUGUUGCAGGUGAUGUUCUGGCAGAUGGGUUUGACCAGAGGGAGAGCAGCUGUGUGACCAUCCAAAGCCAGUUCUACUUCACCAACACCACCAACUCAUACAAUGUGCUGCAGGACUGCGGGAACUGCUCCAGGUGUGUGUGUGUGUGCACAUGCAUGUGUUUGUGCGUGCGCGUGUAUGUGUGUACAAAUAUGUGACCUCUUUUCCUCUGUUGUAGGUUAUUCCAUGCUAAACGGAUAGAGAACACCAACCUGUUGUUUGUGGUGGCUGAGACACUUCCCUGUAGCUCCUGUGAGAUCGAGAGACUGACCCAGGUCAAAACGGAGUGUAUCCUUCAUUUGGUCACCUAGGCUACGGCAAGCCUUUAGGGACAUAAGACUGGCAGGGGGUCCACUACAACCUCACCAGGACUGCAACGUCUACUAAUCUUCACAAAGGCUGUCCACAAACGGGGGCAUGAUCUCCUGCAUGUUACAAAAACCUAAUGCGUUGACUUAUUAGCUAAUACAGCUAGCUGUAGCCUACAUUUUGUAAAUAAGUGAAUCACUGGGUGUUAUGGGUGUUAUCGUAUCCAUAUAGAAGACUCUAUAUAGGCCCAAAGUGUCACUGCAUUUCCUUGUUGACCCUCUGACCUUAACCCAGGCCAACAGUCCAGGAGGAGGAUCCCUGUGAGGUGUUGAACUCUGCACGCUACCGGAGAGGCCCGACCGAAUGCUGGGACUACAACAUCUGGGUAAGGAGUUCUCUAGUACCACAGACAUGGGGUGUGUCCUACAUGGCACCCUUUUCCUUAUAUACAGUAGUGCACUACUUUUGACCAGAGUCCUAUGGGCCCUGGUCAACAGUAGUACCCUAUAAAAGGUAAUAGGGUGCCAUUUGGGACACAACCAUGGUCUCUUGUGCAUCACUUCCUAUUGUUAUUAUUUGCAUAUAUAGUAUAUACAGUGAGGGAAAAAAGUAUUUGAUCCCCUGCUGAUUUUGUACGUUUGCCCACUGACAAAGACAUGAUCAGUCUAUAAUUUUAAUGGUAGGUUUAUUUGAACAGUGAGAGACAGAAUAACAACAAAAAAAUCCAGAUGUCAAAAAUGAUAUAAAUUGAUUUGCAUUUUAAUGAGGGAAAUAAGUAUUUGACCCCUCUGCAAAACAUGACUUAAUACUUGGUGGCAAAACCCUUGUUGGCAAUCACAGAGGUCAGACGUUUCAUGUAGUUGGCCACCAGGUUUGCACACAUCUCAGGAGGGAUUUUGUCCCACUCCUCUUGGCAGGUUUCGAGGCUGACGUUUGGCAACUCUAACCUUCAGCUCCCUCCACAGAUUUUCUAUGGGAUUAAGGUCUGGAGACUGGCUAGGCCACUCCAGAACCUUAAUGUGCUUCUUCUUGAGCCACUCCUUUGUUGCCUUGGCCGUGUGUUUGGGGUCAUUGUCAUGCUGGAAUACCCAUCCACGACCCAUUUGCAAUGCCCUGGCUGAGGGAAGGAGGUUCUCACCCAAGAUUUGACGGUACAUGGCCCCGUCCAUCGUCCCUUUGAUGCGGUGAAGUUGUCCUGUCCCCUUAGCAGAAAAACACCCCCAAAGCAUAAUGUUUCCACCUCCAUGUUUGACGGUGGGGAUGGUGUUCUUGGGGUCAUAGGCAGCAUUCCUCCUCCUCCAAACACGGCGAGUUGAGUUGAUGCCAAAGACCUCGAUUUUGGUCUCAUCUGACCACAACACUUUCACCCAGUUCUCCUCUGAAUCAUUCAGAUGUUCAUUGGCAAACUUCAGACGGGCCUGUAUAUGUGCUUUCUUGAGCAGGGGGACCUUGCGGGCGCUGCAGGAUUUCAGUCCUUCACGGCGUAGUGUGUUACCAAUUGUUUUCUUGGUGACUAUGGUCCCAGCUGCAUUGAGAUCAUUGACAAGAUCCUCCCAUGUAGUUCUGGGCUGAUUCCUCACCGUUCUCAUGAUCAUUGCAACUCCACGAGGUGAGAUCUUGCAUGGAGCCCCAGGCCGAGGGAGAUUGACAGUUCUUUUGUGUUUCUUCCAUUUGCGAAUAAUCGCACCAACUGUUGUCACCUUCUCACCAAGCUGCUUGGCGAUGGUCUUGUAGCCCAUUCCAGCCUUGUGUAGGUCUACAAUCUUGUCCCUGACAUCCUUGGAGAGCUCUUUGGUCUUGGCCAUGGUGGAGAGUUUGGAAUCUGAUUGAUUGAUUACUUCUGUGGACAGGUGUCUUUUAUAAAGGUAACAAACUGAGAUUAGGAGCACUCCCUUUAAGAGUAUGCUCCUAAUCUCUGCUCGUUACCUGUAUAAAAGACACCUGGGAGCCAGAAAUCUUUCUGAUUGAGAGGGGGUCAAAAACUUAUUUCCCUCAUUAAAAAGCAAAUCAAUUUAUAACAUUUUUGACAUGCGUUUCUCUGGAUUAUUUUGUUGUUAUUCUGUCUCUCACUGCUCAAAUAAACCUACCAUUAAAAUUAUAGACUGAUCAUUUCUUUGUCAGUGGGCAAACGUACAAAAUCAGCUUGGGAUCAAAUACUUUUUUCCCUCACUGUAGGUAGUUGUUCUCUAGUCCUCUCAGUCUGCGUCUUCUCUUUGUUUCUCUCUUCUAGGAGAACACAUCGGAGUGUGGGAGAGGCCAUUCCAUACAAUCUUCAAUGGGAAUCCUUCUCUCUAUCCAGCUGAUCCUGACUCUUCUCUCUCUCUGACACCUGGACUAGACCCUUGCCACAGUCAUCAUUCACUAUCUCCUGCCAUCCAUUCUCUUACUCUUUCUUUUGUUCUUCAACAUUUCUUUAUCCACUUCUGGGUCGGUGUUUGACCUCUGCAAAAACUGUUUAUUUUGUUUCAUAAUUCCAACUUCCUCUUUCCUCUCCCUUUCUCUAGUGUCAUUUCCCUUCAUCUCUCUCUCUCUACAUUGCCAUUGCAUGUCUCAUAUGACAAGCCAUUUGAAAAGAAGAGAAUUUCUCUUAUUUUGAUGACAGUAAACUGCCCCAAGUGUGAGAUAUGGAACUUUUUUUUUAUUU